AUGGCUCCGAAAAAGCCCGAGACCAAGUCUCGCUCUGCCGUUGGCAAGUCCCAGGCUACCAACUGUAACUUCAAAGAUGAAGAAACCAUGCUCAUCUGGAAGAUCAGCCUCCCUGCUCUCGCUGAGGAUCUCGACCUCAAUGUUGGUGCCGCUCGCAUGCGCUGGUCUCGACUCAAGGCCAAACUCGUGGCCUUCGAGAAAAAGGAAGAAGUCAACAAGACUUCCGCUGCCGCUGACGCUGGAACCUCUGCCUCUGCCUUUGCCUCUGCCUCUACCCCUGCCUCUGGCCCCGCCACUGCCACUGGCGAUACCACCAUGGAAGAGGUUGACGACUCCGAGGAGCCCAAGGCUGCCAUCACUAACGAGGAUGAGAAGUGA